AUGCUAUCUCACCUUCUUUUAGGCUCUUUUGUAUUAUUCAUUUAUGUUUUUGUUCUUAAACCAUUGUGCUCAAUGUUUAAGUUGAAGAUGUAGUUUGGAUAAGAUUGCAAAAUGUCAUAUCACUUCUUAGGAGGGGAGAUAUGGAAGCGAUUGAAUGAGAUGAAGAUUACUCAUGACAUUUUCAAAUAUGAACAGGAGUAAUAUAAAAGACACCCUUAUAAAAUAUUUGUUUCAAACUUUCUUUGGAAGAUAAGAAUACAAGUGACUGAUCCUGAGUACUACAAAGUGAUGCUUCAUAAUCAUUAAUAUUAUGAAAAAGUUAAUGUUAUCAAUGAUAAGUAAUAGUCUUUCAUAUUAUUAGCAAUUUAAUGAAAAAAGGCUUGAUUUUUGAAAUGAAUGGUCACUGGAAGACUUAAAGAACUCUUUUAGCAGGAUAAUUUGAAUUCCUAAAACUAAAAAAUAGGUUGCCCAUGAUAAAUCAGGUUAGCCUUGAAAUGAUUUCAGAAUUAUAGUGCUAGAACAAUAUAUUGGAAGUACUGGAGCUUAUAACAGGAGAAAUAGUAAUAAAAAGUUUUUUUGGAGAUACUGCUAAGAAAAUAACAAUAUUUGAAAAAGAUAUUUAAGUAGUGAUAGCAGAAUUACUAAAUGAUAUGGGAGAAAUAAGAUUAAAGUCUAAAUAUGUUUAUGUCAAAAGACUCAUUUUAGGUACUAUGGCUUGUAAUUUUUUCCCAACUGAAAACGAAAAGAAAAUAUAGUAAAGGAUUGACCUAGUUAAGUUUGAAAUUACAAAAUUAAUUAAAAAUAGGUUAAUAGAAAUACAAUCAAGUACACAAUAGAGCUAAGGCAAUUCAAAGUCAAAUCUAUUCAUAGAUGUUCUUCUUUAAGAUUAUAUCGACAAUUAUCAUUCUAAAUCAGAAAGCCAAGCUAUUGAUGAGAUAUUAUAACAAUUUAUCACUUUAUUAUUUGCAGGUACAGACACUACAGCAGUUUUAUGUUAUCAUUGCCUUUACUUUUUUGCAUUGUAUCCAGAAGCCCAAUAAGAAAUUAGAGAAGAAGUAUUAAGUGUGUGCACUGAGGAACACAUAUUGGAUGAUAAAUUUAAAUAAUUAAACAAAUUAUCUGCAUUUAUUAAUGAAGUUUUAAGAUUGAGAAAUCCAGCUGCUAAAUUGAUACUCAGAAAUAGUAUUUAGACACAUUAAGUUAAAGAUCUUAAAAUAUAAAAAAGUAUAUUUAUGUUAUUAAAUAUUAGACUGGAAUGUAAUAAUCAACCCUUUGUUGCAAUCAGUUUCAGAAUAACAUUUUAUAAACCCAGAUGAUUUUGAUUAUAAAAGAUGGCUAACUCCUGAGCCAAUUCUAAAUAAUGACAACUUCAUAUACCUCCCUUUUUCAGCAGGUCCAAGGAAUUGCAUAGGAUAGCAUAUGGCUUUGAUGGAGGCAAAAAUAAUUCUGUCUCAAAUUUUAAAAUAGUUUAUUAUAUAGCCCAAUGAACAUGUAAUACCUAAAUGGACUCUAAGAUUUGUAUAUCAGUUAUAACCUAGUAACUGUGUGAGAUUAAUCAAAAAUUUAAGAUAAUAAUGA